AUGAGAGAGCCCCAGCUGGACAAAUGUCUUCAAGCCGCAGGCUUUUGUGCCAAAUAUCCAGGGACGUGGCCAGACAAAUGUUUCAUCGGCGCCACUGGCUGGCUGUUAACUUGCCGACAAGCAUACUGGGAAGGCAUGGAUGUCUUGUAUCGCACCAACACAAUCCACAUCUCGUCUUCAGUUCUAAUCCAAGACAUCAACAACUUCCUAACAUUGAAUGUUCUUUCAAUGAUCACAUCGCUUGAGCUCGUUUGGAAACUAGAAGAAUUUACAGUUGAGGAAGCGUUUUCCGGACAUGCUGCCACCGUGCCUAGUUAUCGCUCCAGCAUAGAGUAUCCAUCCGUGACAUUUCCUGCUCUGCGCCAUCUUCGAAUCGCAUUCAAACGGCUCAUUAGGUCAAAUAAAUUGUUUGGCAUCGAGUUAGGGCUUGGGUAUAAUUUCCAGCAGAGACAGGAGGAAACCGAAAGAAUCUAUGAAUAUUUUCUUCCGAAACUGGAUUGUUUGCUAUCUCGAAUCGCCCCGCCGACUGCGGAAAUUAUCAUAUCCUGGGCGGAUUGGCGGCUCUACAGUUAUUUUGACCUUAAGCUACUUGAAGUCCAGGGAAAAGAAAAGACCCGAAUGCACGAGCCAAAUAUUGGAGGAAUGGCUUGUUGGAGGGAGUUACCUUGCCUGAUGUCAAAUUCUAUUCCGGGAACUGUGGACCAUGAGUAUCAUUCGCAACAAGUAGCAAGAAACGGUUACUGGCUGCACGUUGCGGAGCCCGACUUGGAGCAUCCUCUUGCUGGGUAUGAUUGGAAUAGGCACGAGUUAUAUGGUUUAGGAUCUACAAAACUCCAACUCUACUCUCGGUCAAAUGGCCGGGUUACAGACCCGGGUCUCGAUUAA